AUGAAAGUUGAUGGGGAUGGAGAUAACGGUGGUAGGGUACUUAAUCACCUGCAGCUACCCUGUGUGAACGAGAGGGGUAUUGAGGAUGGAGUUGUGAAUAAAGAUCAGAAUUCUGUUGAAAUUGGUGUCUGCAAUGACAUUGAGAAUGUGAAAGAUCAGCAUGCUGGGAUCAUUCAGGUCCCAGCUCCAAUCCAAGUACCACAGCAACAACAAUCUCAAGGGACAUCAGUAUGUUGGGAAAGGUUCCUUCACCUUAGAACACUCAAGGUUCUGCUCGUGGAAAAUGAUGAUUGUACCCGUCAUGUUGUUGCUGCCCUUCUUCGUAAUUGCAGCUAUGAAGUUAUUGAAACGUCGAAUGGAGUGCAAGCUUGGAAGAUACUAGAGGACUUGGCCAAUCAUGUUGACAUUGUCUUGACUGAAGUUGUCAUGCCUUUUGUGUCUGGGGUGGGUCUUUUGUGCAAGAUAAUGACACAUAAAACACGCAAAAAUGUUCCUGUAAUCAUGAUGUCUUCCCACGACUCAAUGGGUUUGGUCUUCAAGUGCCUUUCAAAAGGUGCUGUUGAUUUUUUAGUCAAACCUAUACGAAAGAAUGAACUUAAGAUUCUCUGGCAGCAUGUUUGGAGAAGAUGCCAUAGUUCUAGUGGCAGUGGUAGUGAAAGUGCCAGUGGUACUCAAACUCAAAAGUCUGUUAAGUCAAAAAAUGUUGAGAAAUCGGGCAACAAUGCCAGCAGCAAUGAUGAUGAUGAUGAUGGGAGCUUUGGUUUAAAUGUUGGUGAUAGAAGUGAUGAUGGAAGUGGUACACAGAGUUCUUGGACAAAGCAAGCUGAAGAGGUGGAGAGCCCUCGAGCUUUGCCUCAAUGGGAUCAAGUUGCUGAGCGCCCUGACAGCACUUGUGCCCAAGUCAUUCACUCAAAUGGUGAAAUAUCCGGUAACAAACAAGUUCCUGUAUCCAAUGGAAAGGAACAUAAAGAGGAGCAACAACAACUUGAGAAUACUAGUAUUGUUAAAGAUCUUCAAAUUGGAGUGCCAUCAAAGCCAGAGUUGCAACUCAAGUAUGCAGCUGCUGAGGAUCAGAAGAAACUUGCAGGAACAAGGCCAAGUAAUCCGGUUGAGCAAGGGUGUAACGUAUUUGAUGAGAAUGACAGCAAGGAACUGCUAGAUAUUAAUAGUGCAAAUAAUUUUCAAUGUGAAGUUGGUAAGCCAGCUGGCCUCACUCAUAAUGCUAGUGAAGCAUACAUGGACACUACAGAAUGUAAGAUCUCAGAUACCGUAGUCAAGGGCAGUACUGACCCUAAGGGAACAGCGGCAUCAUUUGAAGUAAAUUUGAAGAGAGUUAGAGGAAGCAAAGAUGUUAGAAAGAGUAAUCAGGAUGAACGCAAUGUACUAAGACGUUCAGACUCUUCAGCCUUCUCAAGGUACAAUGCAGCAGCUUCAAAUACAUAUAAGGCUACUUGGGGCGGGAACUCCCAAAGCAGUCCUCCUGUUGUUUCGAGCUUUGAUGUUGCCAGAAAGGGAGCAUUUCAUGAAUUUUGCUCUCAUUCUAACAACAAUAUUCCUAACCAGCGGUCAAAUGUGGGUAGCAACACUGUUGACAUGGGAUCCACGACGAACAAUGCUUUCCUUGAUUCAUCAGUCUCGAAAAACAAAUCAGCAGUAACAUCCAUGGUCAAGCAUGCAGACCCUCCAUGUACUAUUCCUCCAAAAAUUGCCUUGGAAACAGCUGCUGAUAAAUUGGUAGCAACUACAACACUGUCUCAACCAGCUAAGCAUGAUGAUUCUGCAUCGAAGAAGAAGGUGAUGACAACUCCGCAUGGUGGGUUAUCCAAUGGCCACUGUGGUGGGCCUCUUGAAGGCAAUAACGCUUGCAAUUGCAGCAUCCAUGGAAGUGCAUCAGGUAGUAACCACGGGAGUAACCAUGGGAGUAACCAUGGUAGUAAUGGGAACAACAAUGGAAGCAGCCCAGCGGCAGUUGAUGCUGGAGGAACUAACAUGGAGAGUGGUAAUGGAAUUGCUGAGAGGAGUGGAGGUGGUGGGAGCGGCAGUGGUAGUGGCAGCGGAGACAAGCUAGAUCCGAGCAGGGUUUUACAGAGAGAAGCUGCCCUGACCAAGUUCCGUCAGAAGCGGAAAGAAAGAUGCUUCAGGAAAAAGGUUCGGUAUCAGAGCAGGAAGAGACUUGCGGAGCAGAGGCCGAGAGUGAGGGGGCAAUUCGUGCGAAAAGAUGCCAACGAGAGCACUAGUGGAGAAGCGACAGAUAACUAA